CCCAUACCCAGUCGCUGCCGGUUGCUCUGGUGUGGCCCAGAAUGGCCGGCGCGAGGCUGGACUUUGGCUUGCUCUGGAAGCCCCUGCGCUUCAUUAAGGUCCUCCAGUGGAUUUUUGACAUCUUUGCUUUUGCCACAUGUGGAGGCUUUCAAGGUGGAACUACUCUUCUAGCUUCCUGCCAAGGCAUGGUAAACAAAACAGUUACAGCCGCUUUUGCUUAUCCUUUCAGGUAAUUGUAUACUGUUGUAUUUAGUGCACCAGACCCAAAUUUCUGUGGUGGUACUUGGACUGAUGUUUAUCUUGAAGGCAACUUCUCAUCUUCUGCACAGUUCUUCAUUACUACACUUGCAGUGUUAGUAUUCCUCUACAGCAUUGCAGCUCUUGUGGUAUAUAUUGGAUAUAAGCAUAUGUAAGACCAAAAGGGGAGGUUUCCACUAACGGACUUGGUUAUCGCUGUCAUAACAGCCUUUUUGUGGCUAGUCAGUACUUUUACUUGGGCAAAGGUGCUUGCUGACAUCAAAAUGUACGCAGGGGCCAGCAUUAUUCUAGGAAUUGAAUCUUGCAAAACACCAGGAACAACUUGUCAUUUUGCUGCUGUGACCAGCAUGGGAGCUCUGAAUAUGUCUGUGGUAUUUGGCUUGAUUAAUAUGAUUUUAAGGGAAGGAAAUAUUUGAUUUCUAUACAAGGACACCAACCUGCACAACCAGCCAAACAGAAUUUCUCUAAGUCCAGCAAUACAUCAUAUUCAAAGAGGAGCAUAGAAACAAGGUGAUACUUUGAAGUGCUUCCAGAUUUACAUCAUACUGCCAAGAGCAUGGAGCCAUUAGGAUUUAUGUCAAGAAUAACUAAUGAUAUUUUGUAAAAACUUGUUUUGUAUAAUGGCUUGACAUAAGGUCUCAGAUACUCCAAUUGAAGUGUUAUCUUGAAAUAUAUUAUACCUUUCA